AUGAAUAAAUUCGUGCCUCAGAUAUUCCCGGGGUGGUCAGCUGAAGAUAACUACAGCUUCUCUCCUCUUGGUAAAAUCUGGCUAAUUUGGCACCCUUCUCUUCUUGUUACGGUAAUAUCAAAAUCUCUUCAAAUGAUUACGGUGGAGAUCAUCUGGCCCACUUCGACACAGCCCAAGUUUUAUGUGUCUCUGGUAUAUGCUUCCAACAAUCCCGCUGAAAGAGCUCUUCUCUGGUCUGAGAUCUCUUCCCUAGCAACCACUUUGGGAUUGGAUAAAAAGCCAUGGUUGAUCCUAGGGGAUUUCAACCAAACUCGAGAUCCAGCUGAGCAUUCUAAACCCCCUACUUUAAAAAUUGAUAAAAAGUGUAGAGAUUUCAAUGAUUGCUUGCUAACUGCUAACUUGGAUGACUUAAAUUUCAGGGGUACAACAUACACUUGGUGGAACAAACAAAAGCUCGCUCCUAUAGCCAAAAAGCUCGAUCGCACCCUGGUUAAUGACGAAUGGCUAGCGUGUUACCCUUCCUCGGUGGCGUUUGUAGGAAAUCCAGACUUCUCGGAUCACGCUGUCAUCACAGUCACGCUCGACCCUGAGAUCAAAAGAACAAAGAAGCCGUUCAGAUUCUAUAAUUUCUUGCUGCAAAACCCGGAGUUUCUGGUCCUGAUUUGUGAAAGCUGGUACUCCAUUAAUGUUAUGGGGUCUGCUAUGUUCAGGUUGUCAAGGAAGUUAAAGUUAUUAAAGAACAUCAUCAGGGAGUUUAGUAAGCAGAACUAUUCUGGGAUUGAGAUCAAGACGGAGAAGGCUCAUGAGAAGCUCCUGAGGGCGCAAACUGCCAUGCUCUCAGCACCAAACACUGCCAAUGCAGCGGAUGAGCUUCAGGCUCUACAUGAAUGGGAGGAGCUCUUUGCAGCUGAAACUUCUUUUUUCUACCAGAGAUCGCACAUAAAUUGGCUCUCGUGUGGUGAUGGAAACUCGAGAUUAUUUCACAGAUACGCAGCUACACGCCAGGCUAUAAACCACAUUCAUUUUCUGAUCUCCUGCUCAGGUGAAAGGAUAGACUCUCAGGCUGGUGGGCCUGAUGGAUAUUCGGCAGAAUUCUUCACGGCAUGCUGGUCAAUCAUUGGUCCGGAAGUAACAGACGCCAUCCUAGAAUUCUUCAGAUCAGGAAAACUGCUAAAGCAAUGGAACGCUGCAAAUCUUGUUCUCAUCCCCAAGAAGCCAAACGCGUCUCACCCCUCGGAAUUUCGUCCCAUCUCCUGCCUCAAUACGGUCUAUAAAGUUAUCUCGAAGCUGCUGGCGACAAGGCUGCAGGAAAUUCUCCCCCUCAUGGUUUCAAAAUCGCAGUCUGCCUUCUUACCGGGUCGACUCUUAGCAGAAAAUGUGCUUCUCGCGACAGAUCUCGUGAAUGGGUAUAAUAGGGAGACGCUAUCUCCAAGAGGAAUGCUUAAGGUUGAUUUGAGGAAAGCUUUCGACUGUGUCCGCUGGGAUUUCAUAGCUGCUACACUACGAGCCAUCGGCGUCCCAGUAGGAUUCAUUACACUGAUUUCAGAAUGCAUCUCCACGGCCUCCUUCUCCGUUUGCAUCAAUGGGGUCACAGGAGGGCUCUCCCGACUUCUCACAGCCCGUUAUGAUGCUGGUCUCAUAGGGUACCAUCCUCGAACCGAGCAUCUCAGGAUCUCUCAUCUUAUGUUUGCAGAUGAUGUAAUGGUAUUUUUUGACGGCUCUAGCAACAGCCUCCACGGGAUCGCGGAGUGUCUAGAUGAUUUUGCCUCAUGGUCAGGUCUGCAUACGAACCCGUCUAAAACUGAGAUAUUCACUGCAGGAUUGGACCAUUGUGAAACCGAAGCCAUCAUCAGCUAUGGUUUCCCUACUGGUCAGUUCCCUAUCAGAUAUCUAGGCCUCCCUCUCAUGAGCAGAAAACUCAAGAUCUCGGAAUACUCGGCCCUUCUGUCUAAGCUCACUGCAAUUUUCAAGUCUUGGUCGGUUAAAUUGCUUUCUUUCGCGGGAAGGCUUCAACUGCUCAAGACUGUCAUCUUCGGCACCGUCUCUUUCUGGCUGUCAGCGUUCAUCCUCCCCAAAGGCUGUAUUAAAAGCAUCGAAUCUUUGUGUUCUAGAUUCCUAUGGUCUGGCAACAUUGAGAAGAAGGGCAUUGCAAAGGUGGAUUGGAAUACGGUCUGUCUUCCUAAGGAAGAAGGCGGACUUGGGCUUAGAAACUUUACGACCUGGAAUCAUGUUCUCUGCUUAAAAUUCAUAUGGCUGAUCUUAUCAAAAUCCCCAUCGCUUUGGGUGGAUUGGCAUCAGAGCGUGCAUCUUAAUGAGGAGUCCUUUUGGACAAUAGAAGCAUCGGCUGCGGACUCUUGGGCAUGGAGGAAGCUUCUUGACCUAAGACCCCUUGCGCUUCAGUUCUGUAAACUCCAGCUUGGCAACGGCUUAAGCGCCAGCUUCUGGUACGAUGUCUGGUCACCUUUGGGCCAACUAAUCAAACACAUUGGCGAAGCUGGUCCAAGAGCUCUUCGAACGUCGAGAUCAGCGAAGGUGGCGGAUGUUAUUAGAGGCUCAACAUGGAUACUGCCUCAUCCGAGAUCGCAAAAGGAAGUGGACCUCCACGCUUACCUCACCACUAUUCCUUUGCCUUUACCUUUAGAUGAGAUAGAUAUAUAUGAAUGGGUUGCUGGUGAUUCUCCUUUGCGUGUUUUCAGGUCUGCAAUUACAUGGGAAGUGCUGCGACCGAAAGAGGAAAUCAAAGAUUGGACAGACGUCGUCUGGUUCAAAGGUGGAAUCCCGAAGCAUUCUUUCACCAUGUGGAUUGCGAAUUAUGACAGGCUCCCGACGAGGUCAAGACUGGCGUCAUGGGGGCUUCAAAUCUCUCCGCUUUGCCCUUUUUGCUCGUCACAUGAUGAGGAUAGAGAUCAUCUUCUGCUCGCCUGCGACUACAGCAGGGAGGUUUGGAAGCUGGUUGUAGCUCGCUGCAGUCCCCCGAUCUCGAUGUUUUCAUCUUGGCAGGAGCUGCUCUCAUGGAUCCGAGCAUCGCCUUCAAAGAAGCUUUCUUUGCUUAGGAAGCUUGCUGUUUACACUACCAUUUUUCACCUCUGGAAGCAAAGAAAUAAUCUGAUUCACAAUCAGACUUCUAUAUCUGCUGCAGUUGUGUUCCAUGGUAUUGCAAAAGAAAUGAAGAAUAUCAUCUCCGCUAGGAAACAUAUAAAGGGAUUCGGCUCCCUUAUGGUUAUGUGGCUGAGCUGA